AUGAGUAAAACUGACAAUAGAGAUUUUGAGGAGAGAUAUGCGGCUUGCUUCGUCGAUUUUGGAGUUAAGACCGCGGCGGGACUUCUAAUAGGCAGUAUGGUGGGCACAUUCUUCCUUCUAGGAUUCAAGAAGUGGCCCAUGUACGUCGGCGGCGGCAUCGGCCUCGGGAUGGCGUACUCAAACUGCGAGAAAAGUCUUAACAAUUAUCUGCUGUCAAUGGAUCCGAAACUUUGCGUUUUAAAAAAAGGUCCAUGAUGCAGUGCAGUGGUGUCCGUGUAAAC